AUGGAAUCCGAUAACGAAUCUCAAAAGCCUGUCUUACCCAAGGACCUCUUCAAAAAUGCAUUCACAUGGAUGUUUUAUGAAAUCUCCAAACAUCGCUUCCCGAGCGUGGUUUCAUGUGUAUACUUGGUAAUUGUAUUGGUAGGAUUUUGGUGGAAUUUUGCUGAUAAAAAUCUGCCUUUGAGUAUCGUACUUGCUGCUGUUGGCCUCUUUGGAAUUUUAUUUGGACUUAUCCCUGCAUGGUUCCAGAACGUGAAAGAGCAUCCCAAUACAAAAAAGUUAGUUCAGCAAGUGUUGGAAUCAAAUCCCGGCGUUGAUACCAGGAAAUGGGACGAAAUUGCGAAUAUACUGAACCUUUUCUUUUACCGAGAAAACAUCUGGAGAACACCAUACUUUUUUUUUAAUGGUCAACAUGUUCAACGUGUGUUCAAGUAUAAUGUUUUAAAGCCAUAUCUCGGAGGGCAAUUUGAAGGUGUUGCUGACGCGGACAAAAUCCAAUCAGCAAAGUGUUAUAUGCAAUCAAUCAAAGUGUAUUUUGAACUGUCAUUGAAAGACAGUAUAUCAGAAUUUUUUUUAAAUUCCGAACUACCCAGAGACACCCACAGAAAUAAAUUUUUCUUUCACCCACGAUAUUUUUUCAUGGGAUUCAUGAUUUGUUUCUUUCAAGGUCAAAUUUUGUUACUGGUUGUACAACUAUUUGUACAGAGAUCGUUUUGGAUCCUGCCUACAAUCAUAAAUUACCAGUAUUGCUUAUUGAAAUGUUACCAAUAUGGCUAUCGUUUCUGGUAUCCAGAAAUGGAUGUAAUGCAAGCAAUCAAAUUCUUGGCGAUAAUAACAAAAUUUAGUCCUAGAAAAGAACUGGAUAAAUGGGACCAAAUAGCCAGGUAUAUGAAUCAAUAUUUGAUGGAGGGAAAUAGCAGUCAUUCUAGGAAUAUAUUUUUCGACGGUAAGCAUUGUUUAGACUGUUACAAGGCUUGCUUUGAGUCGCUUUCCUUAGGAAAUAAUUCUUUAUCCUAUGACGAGCUGAAAGAAAUUGUUGAGAUUACGCAACCAAGCUUAAACGAAGAGACCGAUUAA